AAGAGAUGUUGCCUGUGGUCUAUCAAGCCAUCCAUCAGAUAUGCAGCUGUCCCAGUGUUUCGAGGUUUAUGAUCUUGUAGGCUCCCUGUAUAAGAUCUGCUGUAGAAGCAGCACUCAGGUACACUUGCAUUGACCCAGCAGAAAAACUGCUGUGGCUUUAGCAGUGAAUGGCAGUCUGGCAUCAGAAUUGCUGUCUGAAAAAAUGUGCAUACACGUGCAUUUGAUGACCAAGACACAGAGUCAGUAUUUGAAGGAUUCAGGUAUUUCAUUCAUUUUCUUUUUUUGAGACAAGGUCUCACUGUGCAAGUUCAGGCUAGUCUUGAUCUACUGUGUAACUCACACUAGUCUCCAAUCCAUGGCAAUCAUCUUGCCUCAACCUGCUUAGUGCUGGGAUUACAGACAGUGUACCCCUUCACCUGGCUUUUGCUUCAUCUUUUCAUGAGAAGAGUUGAACUAUCCCAGGCUGUGAGUCUCAAGCUUCCUUCAAGAAACAUAUGUGUGAUCAUUUAGGAAAAAGUGACCUUGGAAGAUGUGGCUGUGGACUUCACCAUGGAGGAGUGGGCUUUGCUGAAUCCAUCCCAAAAGAAGCUCUACAGAGACGUGAUGAGGGAAACUUUUAGGAACAUGGCUGCUGUAGGUGGAGCCUGGGAUAACCAUGAAGUGGAAGAAGACCACAAAAGUUACUGGAGACAUCUAAGAAAUGAAGAGGUAGAGAAAUGCUAUCAAAAUAAAGGCUGGAAUCAAUAUGACGAAAUAUUCCUCUGGACUCCAGAAGCUAAUGUGGAAAUGAAACAAGCCGAAGGCCUUGCUUGCAGAAAAUGCCUGACUGGGCAUUUGUCACUAAAUGUGCCCAUCAUAGCUCACACUGGAUUGAAGACAUCUGAGUAUUUGGGAUCAGAAGAAAAGUUGUAUAAGUGUAAUGAACAUGGAAGAACCUGCAGUGAUUUCCACUCCUUUCAGAAAGAUGCAAAGACAAAGGCUGGAAAGAAACCCUAUGAAUAUGAUCAAUGUGGGAAAUCCUACACUGAUCUUAGUGAAAGAACUCACCUUAGAGAGGAGACCUUUGUGUUUAAGGAAAACUUGAAAGCCUCCAGCACACCCAAUGAGAUUCAGAUCCAUGAAAAAAAACAAAAAAGAGCGAAUCCCUAUGUAUGUAAGCAAUGUGGGAGAGUUUUUAGUACACAAGGUCAUUGUAAAAUACAUGAAAGAAUUCACACUGCGGAGAAAUUCUGUGUAUGUAAGCAGUGUGGGAAAGCUUUGAGCACACAUAGUGAUCAUCAAGUACAUGAAAGAACUCACACAAGGGAGAAACCCUAUGUAUGUAAGCAAUAUGGAAAAGCUUUUAGCACACAUACUGAUUGUCUAAAGCAUGAAAGAAUUCACACUGGGGAGAAACUCUGUGUAUGUACGCACUGUGGGAAAGCUUUUAGUACACAGCAUUAUUGUAAAAUACAUGAAAGAAGUCACACUGGAGAGAAACCCUAUGUAUGUAAGCAGUAUGGAAAAGCUAGUAUACAAGCUUGUUGUAAAAUGCAUGAGAGAAUUCACACAGAGAAGAAACCCUAUGUAUGUAAGCAAUGUGGAAAAGCCUUUCGUACACAAGGUCAUUGUAAAAUACAUGAAAGAACUCACACAGGGGAGAAACCCUAUGUAUGUAAGCAAUGUGGGAAAGCUUUUGGUACACAGUAUCAUUAUAAAAUACAUGAAAGAAAUCACACUGGGGAGAAACCCUAUGUAUGUAAGCAUUGUGGGAAAGCUUUUAGUACACGAGGUUCUUGUAAAAGACAUGAAAGAACUCACAGUGGAGAGAAACCCUAUGUAUGUAAGCAAUGUGGAAAAGCCUUUAGUACACAAGGUUGUUGUAAAACGCAUGAAAGAACUCACACAGGGGAGAAACCCUAUGUAUGUAAGCAAUGUGGGAAAGCUUUUGGUACACAAUGUCGUUAUAAAAUACAUGAAAGAACUCACACUGGAGAGAAACCCUAUGUAUGUAAGCAAUGUGGAAAAGCUUUUAGUACGCGAGGUUCUUGUAAAAUCCAUGAAAGAACUCACACUGGGGAGAAACCCUAUGUAUGUAAGCAAUGUGGGAAAGCUUUUGGUACACAGCAUUAUUGUAAAAUACAUGAAAGAAUUCACACAGGGGAGAAA